GCCCCUCAGCUGUCAUCCGCUUCCGGGGGCGCGGGGCGGCGGGCGGGCCGGACGCGGGCGGAGCAGCCUGUGGGAGCGCCGCCCCGCCGUGUGGUGGCCGGUGUUCUGGAGCUCAGGCCGCCCGACAUGUCGGGGCUCGUGUCAAGGUUUAACGCAUUCAAAAGGACUCAUGUCAUACUGCAACACUUGAGGCUGUGCGCCCACACGGAUGCGGCCGCGGAGGUGCUGCUGGAGAGGAGGGGCUGCGCAGGGGUGAUCACCCUGAACAGACCCAAGGCCCUCAACGCCCUCAACCUGAGCAUGAUCCGGCAGAUCUACCCGCAGCUGAAGAAGUGGGAGCAGGAUCCCCAAACCUACCUGAUCAUCAUAAAGGGCGCCGGUGAGAAGGCUUUCUGUGCUGGGGGAGACAUCAGAGAAGUGGUGAAGGGAGACAGGAGGAUAAGCCGGGAUUUCUUCAGAGAAGAGUAUGUGCUGAACAAUGCCAUUGAUUCUUGCCAGAAACCGUAUGUUGCAUUUAUUCACGGAAUUACAAUGGGUGGAGGUGUCGGACUCUCCGUUCACGGGCGUUUCCGAGUGGCUACUGAAAAGUCUCUCUUUGCAAUGCCAGAAACUGCAAUAGGACUGUUCCCUGACGUGGGCGGAGGCUAUUUCUUGCCAAGACUUUCAGGGAGACUUGGUUACUUCCUGGCAUUGACAGGGUUCAGGCUGAAAGGCAGAGAUGUGCACCGAGCAGGCAUCGCCACACACUUUGUAGACUCUGAAAAGUUGAGCCUGUUAGAAGAAGAUCUAUUAUCCCUGAAGUCUCCUUCCACAGAAAACAUUGCAGAUGUCUUAGAAAGUUAUCAGACAAAGUCCAAGAUUGAUGAGGACAAGGCAUUCGUGCUGGAGGAGCACCUGAGCAUGAUCAACAGCUGCUUCUCCGCUGACAGUGUGGAGCAGAUUAUUGACAAUCUACAGCGAGAUGGCUCGCCUUUUGCCCUGGAGCAGGUGAAGGUGAUCAGUAAGAUGUCUCCAACGUCGCUCAAGAUCACGCUGCGGCAGCUCACAGAGGGCUCCUCCAAGUCCCUGCAGGACGUGCUGACCAUGGAGUACCGGCUGAGCCAGGCGUGUGUGGGAGGCCACGACUUUCCUGAAGGCGUCAGGGCAGUGCUGAUAGACAAAGACCAGAGCCCGCGCUGGGAGCCGGCCCGCCUGGCGGACGUGACCGAGGAGGACGUGAGCCGGCACUUCAGGCCCCUGGGGAGCAGCGACCUGCGCUGGUGAAGGUGGUGAAGCGCCGCCGGGAGGGGCCUGGGACCGAGGCUGGCCAGCGGCUCGGCCCGUCUGGCCGCUGCCCGCUUCCGGUGCCUGCGAGCGGCGCGUCCGCUGGCCCCGGGGGAAGGACGGAGCUGGCACUUCUGAGCCGCGGCCGCAAGGGAAGGGGGGGCGCCGCUGGCCUCGCCGCGCGGUGUGCGUCCCCUCGGGUCACUCCGCUCUGCAGAAGGCGCCCGCCUGGGAGCCGGGAGCCGGGAGCCUGCGUCUAGGGUCUGCAGGCGUUUGUAUGUUGAUUAAGUAAACUCAUGUACAGAUGAUCAAAAUAAAACACGCCAUUUUUUGGA